AAUGUAACAAAAUAACGCCCCCAUAUUCCUGCCUCCUUUACACAAUCUAUCACAGCUCUGCUGGGACACCGAUUUUUCUCACAGUGGGCAGAAGCAGAUGGCCCUCAUGUACAGGCAGGAACGUUAACUAUUCAAUUAUUUAUACUGUAUAUUUUUGUAGUCCUCACAUUCUUAAAAUAAGAUUAUUGUAAUGACAUGGUAGAACUGUAGCGGUACUUAGAUAACAAAUCGGUGGUUUCAAAUUACAGUCUUGCAAUUGUUUCCAACUGACUUAUUACUCCACCUUGAGCGAUAUUUAAGGAAGGACAAUGCAAAUAUCAGUGGUAAAUUUAUUCACAAAAAGAAAAUGCUUUAGCUUUAAGGUCUCUUUCAUUCCUAGUAUUGAGCUGUGCAUUCUUUAAAAUUCUUCCAGUGCUUGGUGUAAAAUGCAUCAGGAGUUUCAUCAGAACUGUGAACAAUGAUGCGUCUUCCUUAAUAGGCUAAUUUUGCUUCUUGGAAAGAUUUCCAGGAAAAGGUCUCAAGGUCAUGUUACACUUGGCAAAAUCUCUGCCAGUUUCUAUAGUUAAACAAGCAACAGUUGCUUUCUUACCCAUUCCAAGUUGAACUGAAAGAUUUCUGCAUUCUGAGCCUGCAAGAAAUUUUUUUAAAAUAAGCUUGUGCUAAGGAGUCAAGGAAGAAACAGCCCCACUGCUCCUAUGAUGGAGACCGCCAGCUAUUUCUGCAGCUUAGUUAAUUUUCUCACGAAGUGAGGAGCCCCUGAGGCUCCCCAAUGCUCAUAAACACCCUAAUGCCUGACCUGGCCCAUCUGAGCUGAUUAUAGCUCCUCCUCCAAUGGGAGAUGUUACUGGUGGAAGAACCUGUGGGAUUGAGAGUCUCGCACUCCCACUCUGCUCUCCUAUGGCUCCCCCCUCCCAAAGGACACAAGACUGGAGUCAGGUCAUCCUCGUCCCUUCAGAAGCAGAUGGGCCCCACAGAUGAAGGGGCAAAGAUGGUCUUUUGAAUCAUCAUCAGAGUGACUUGUGCCUCAGCCCAUCAACUCACAGGACAUAAAAACCCAUAGUGUGGCACUAGUUCCAUUUAGUUUUCACGCAGACUGUCCCCAGAAGCCUUGAGUCAAAACUGUUAGCCAGAGUCUCAGCUGGGUUCUGUUUUCCUGAAAGGCCAAUAGGUCACACUGGAACGAGGGAGGCAACUUUCAGCUGUUUAUUUUGGCAAAAAUAGAAAGCCGCACACUUGGGACAGAGGUCCAAAUCAAGUGCCCGGAAUAAUAGGUAGUUCAGAACUUUAUACAAAAUGCUUGUUGCCUCCAACAUGUCAAUCUAUGUGAUUUCUUUCGCAAGGUCAGAGUUUAUAUUUGGUUGAUUACAUUUGUCCUUUUUGAUAUAAGAUGACAUUCGCUGCAUUUAGUACAAGACAGUGAAACCUUUAUAAUGCUAUCGUUGCCAGGGAUUUUCUGCUGCAUGUCUGUACAGGCAGUCCUCGAGUUACGACGACAAUGGAGCCCAAAAUUUCUGUUGCUAAGUGAAACACUUGUUAGGUGAGUUUGCCCCAUUUUACGACUUUUCCUGUCACAGCUGUUAAGUGAAUGACUUCAUUUAUUAAAUUAGUAACAGGGUUGUUAAGUGAAUCUGGGUUUCCCCAUUGACUUUCCUUGUCAGGUGGUCACAAAAGGGGAUCCCAUGACCCCGGGACACUGCAACCGUCAUAAAUAUGGACCACUUGCCAAGCAUCUGAAUUUGGAUCAUGUGACCAUGUAGUUGCUGCAAUGGUCAAUGAGCGAGCGGUAGAUCAAGCUGAUACCAUGUAUUGCCCUUCAAGGCAUUCAAGCUGGACUGCGGAAAGCAGCCCCGGCUCUUCCUGCGUUUUCAUCGCAGAGAGUUCCAGUGCAGCGGAGACGCCACCUGCUUCAUUACCACGGAAAACAUGUUUCGAGACAUUCCAAUCGGCUGUUAAUAAACACAGAAACAUAUUAAUUGUAUCUGUCAUUUCCCACAUCAUCUUCAUCAUCAUCAUUUUUAUCCUCGUCGUCUGCCUGAUUUAUUAUCAGGGAAGAUCAGUGCCAUCAAAUCACCAAAAGGAUGCCAUAAAUUGUCUACCUGUUCCCUGUCCACCUGAUUGGAUUGCACAUCAGGGACACUGCUACAAACUUUCACAUGAGGAAAAGAACUGGGAGGAGAGCCAGAACUACUGUAUUUUGCAUAAUGCUUCCCUGGCCAAAAUUACACAGGAGGAAAAGGAUUUUGUGACGAUGCUUACAAGAAACCACGUCUUUUGGAUCGGCCUCAAGAGCAAACCAGAUCAGCCCUGGAAGUGGCUAGAUGGAGAACAUUCAACGUUGGAAGUCAUGGGAAAUGGAGGAGACUGUGCGUAUUUGGAUGAUGAUGCCACCGCCAGCUCAGGGAGAUGCACCAUUGAACACCGAUACAUCUGCAAAAAAAAUGAUCCUAAGAGAUCCUGAAAGAGAAUCCUAUCUCCCCCCGCCCAAGAGUUCACUGGUAUUUUAAAGAAGCUGAAUAUUCCUGAUUGCUAUUAGGAUAUUUUGUUCCUUCUGGAAUGACUUUCUGUGCUGGCUUAAGAGGUUGGGAGUGAAUAUAGUGACCAUGCAGAAGAAGCACCGGUUUUAUUUCGAGGAGUUUAUGACAUAUUUUGAUUUCUCUUUCAUGCUAAGAAAAGUCUAGAAGUUUAGAGUUCAUUCUGAGCUAGCCUGCUUGUUUUUCACUCUUGCCCGCUGAACAAAGGAGAAGAGAGAGGCGGGAGAGAUCUUCAGUUAAACUUCAGAACUGAGAAAGUCUCAGACUUUCUAUUUCCUUCCGGACUUGUGCGGCAGCCAAGUAAGAUCAGGUGGUGCUGUCUCCUGAUCAUGGCAAGGCCAUGAAGUCAUAGUGUCAAGUUUUGUUCAAAUCUUUGCAGUUGUGUUGCUUGUGGGUAGCUUCUACACAGAACCUAAUAUUAGUUAGCUAUUAUUCUUGAUGAUUGAUAACCUGACUGAUUCUCUUGAAGAGAAUGAGGCAGUCUCAGAGACUGUUUUAUUGCAGUUGCUUAUCUGUUGCUCGGCAUUUCAGUUUGUACCAGCAAUUCCACCCUCUGUUUCGCAAUAAGAGUUCAACACUGGCUGCAGGAGCCUUUGGAGAGAGAAAGAGGGAGGGGGGAGAGGAGAGGAGAGGAGAGAAAAGAAGAGAAGAGAAGAGAAGAGAAGGAAGGUUGAGUCUAGAGGAAAGAAAAUUGAAGUUGGAGGCACUCACCGGGAAGAUCAACACGAGAAAGGCCAGAAAGGCCCAACAGAGACUCCACUUCCUUAGGGUCUUGUGAAAAAACAAAGCGGAACAACACCUGAUGACCACCUUUUACCGGUCCACAAUAGAAAGCGUCUUCACUCAGUGCAUUACGGUGUGGUAUGCUGCCUUGACAGCCUCGGAUAGAAAGACAUUACAGAGGGUGGUAAGCAUAGCACAAAACAUCGUGGGCUGUCCCCUGAUACCAGCAGAUUACAUCACUAGAACUCGCUGCCUUAGAAGAGUGAGGAAAAUCCUCAGGGAUAACUCACACCCUGGUCAGCACUUCUUUAUUCUCCUUCCAUCGGGAAGUAUAGGCAGCCACACAAACAGGUUGAAGAACAGUUUUUAUCCAUGGGCUGUCAGACUCCUGAAUGAAAAAUAACUACAACAACAUAGUACGAUUGACUCGCGGGGCCAGCACGACAUGCAAUAAGUUCACAUGGUGCAAUAGGAUUGGGUGAUUUUUAGCAGGAAUCACUGGGAUAGAGGUUGUUUUUUUUUUGUCCUUCACUGUGAGUUGUACUGUGUUGGGGUGGUGGUGCAUGAAGGGAGGCUCAGCCAGUCUCGUAGUACACAUGUUGUACUCUGACAAUAAAGGUUUGAAUUGAUUUGACCGUCUCUUAAAAUGUGACUUUUAGUUGGACUGAUGACCCCAAAUGGAAAUGAAGCGGAUCAAGUGGCUAAUUUGAUAGUAUUCUUCACCCUUGGGGAAGAAUUCUCAAACCUGAUUGGCUGAGCCCUCUGACAGCUCCCUAUAAACGGGCAAGCCGUCAGAAUGGCUGGCUGCUGGGAUUGUACAUAGUUGCUGAAUAAAGAGCUGUUGUCUGUA